UCAUGCUGCAGUAGAGGGGCUGGGCUGAGGCAGGGAGCGGAGAAGUGCGAGCGAGCGAGCGAGCUCCGUCCCUCCGCGCUCCGAGGGGCUGCGAAUCCAGCCGGGCACCUGCUCCGAGCUCUGCGGCUCGGCCUCCGGCCCUGCGCCCCGCGGAAGCCCGAGAGGAGGGAGAGCGCGGCGGGGCGGCUGCACAUCACCCCGGAGCAGGUGCGAGCCGGCUUCCAGCAUGGGCUGCCCGCGGCCCCUCGCCUCCCUCGUCUUCCUCGGUGCCUUGCUGCUCGGCUGUUUCUGCAACAAAGCAAACAAGCACAAACCCUGGAUUGAGGCUGAAUACCAGGGCAUCGUCAUGGAGAAUGAUAACACAGUCCUGCUCAACCCACCGCUAUUUGCUCUGGACAAGGAUGCACCACUGCGCUAUGCAGGUGAGAUCUGCGGCUUCCGGAUUCAUGGGGCAGGGGUGCCCUUUGAAGCUGUGAUCCUGGACAAGGCCACGGGUGAGGGACUGAUCCGGGCCAAGGAGCUGAUGGACUGCGAAGCGCACAAGGAGCACACCUUCACCAUCCAAGCAUAUGACUGUGGAGAGGGACCUGAUGGGACCAACACCAAGAAAUCCCACAAGGCCACCGUGCACGUGCGGGUGAAUGACGUGAAUGAGUUUGCUCCGGUCUUUGUGGAGAAGUUAUACCGUGUGGCGGUGACCGAGGGGAAACUCUAUGACCGCAUUCUGCGGGUGGAGGCCAUUGACGGAGACUGCUCCCCCCAGUACAGCCAGAUUUGCUACUAUGAGAUCCUCACUCCCAACAUCCCUUUCCUGAUUGACAAUGAUGGGAACAUUGAGAACACAGAGAAGCUGCAAUACAGUGGAAAGCACCUGUACAAGUUCACAGUCACAGCCUACGAUUGUGGCAAGAAACGGGCAUCUGAUGAUGCUGAAGUGGAGAUCCAAGUGAAGCCCACUUGCAAACCCAGCUGGCAGGGCUGGAAUAAGCGGAUUGAGUACACACCAGGUGCAGGUAGUCUGGCACUGUUUCCCAGCAUCCACCUGGAGACAUGCGAUGAGCCGCUGUGGAACAUCCAAGCUACAGUGGAGCUGCAGACAAACCACGUGGCCAAGGGGUGUGACCGUGACAACUACUCGGAGAAGUCGCUGCGCAAACUCUGCGGUGCUGCCUCAGGUGAGGUUGACCUGCUGCCUGUGCCCAGCCCCCUUGCCAACUGGACGGCACGGCUCUCAGUGCAUUACAGCCAGGACAGCAGCCUCAUCUACUGGUUCAAUGGCAGCCAGGUGGCCCAGGUGCCUGUGGGCAGUGGGGUGGGCGCUCACGAGGGGCUCAGUGACCACUUCACCCUGUCGCUGUGGAUGAAACAUGCUGUGGUGCCUGGAAAGGGCAAGAAGGAGGAGGAGACCGUGAUCUGCAGUACGGUGCAGAGUGAGGAUGGCUACUCUCACUACUCCCUGGCUGUGCAUGGCUGCCGAAUUGCUUUUCUAUAUUGGCCUUUGCUGGAGAGUGCGAGACCUGUCAAAUUUCUGUGGAAGCUGGAGCAGGUCUGUGAUGAUGAAUGGCACCAUUAUGCCCUCAACCUGGAGUUCCCCACCGUCACACUCUUUGUGGAUGGUGUGUCCUAUGACCCCGCGCUCAUUCAUGACAAUGGCCUCAUCCAUCCCCCAAGGCGGGAACUUUCCCUCAUGAUCGGAGCCUGCUGGGCUGAGGAAAAAAACAAAGAGAAAAUCCGAGGGAACGAGAACUCCACAGAUCCUACGCAAGGAGACCCUGUGCUGAUUCACCACUACUUCCACGGUUACCUGGCUGGCUUCACCGUGCGCCCCGGCAGCCUGGAGAGCCGGGAGGUGAUUGAGUGCCUCUACGCCUGCCGUGAGGGGCUUGACUACAGUGACUUUGACAGCCUUGGCAAAGGGAUGAAGGUUCAUGUUAACCCCUCCCAGUCUCUGCUCACACUGGAGGGUGAUGAUGUGGAAACCUUCAACCAUGCAAUCCAGCAUGUGGUUUACAUGAACUCACUGCGCUUUGCCACGCCUGGAAUCCGGCCGCUCAAGCUCACCACCACUGUCAAAUGCUUCAGUGAAGAAUCAUGUGUCUCCAUCCCUGAUGUGGAAGGCUACGUGGUGGUGCUGCAACCUGAUGCUCCCCAGAUUCUGCUGAGUGGUAAUGCUCACUUUGCUCGUCCUGCAUCAGACUUUGAGAACCCUGAUGGGGUCCCCCUGUUCCCUGACCUCCAGGUCACCUGCUCCAUCUCUCACCAGGUGAAGGCCAAGAAGGAUGAGAGCUGGCAUGGCACGGUGACAGACACACGAAUGUCAGACGAGAUUGUCCACAACCUGGAUGGCUGCGAGAUCUCCCUGGUGGGAGAUGACCUGGACCUGGAGAGAGAAUACCUGAUCCUGGAUGGAGCAUCCCUGCAGCAGCGGGGCCUGGAGCUCAUCAACACCUCUGCCUACUUCACCAUCACAGGCGUGGAGAGCAUUGCGGUUUAUGAGGAGAUCCUCCGCCAGGUCUCAUACCGCAUCCGCCAUGGUGCUGCCCUCUAUGAGAGGAAAUUCCGUCUUUCUUGCACCGAGAUGAAUGGACGCUACUCCAGCAACGAGUUUACUGUUGAGGUGAACGUCCUCCACAAUAUGAACCGGGCUGCUCAUCCUAACCACAUCCUCAGCUCCCAGGAAUUCAUGCACCGAGGUCACCACCUACCACCAGAACUAUCUGGGCACAGCCUGGCCAACAUCCAUCGCAACUCCAUGGUCCCCAGCGCAGCCACCACCAUCAUCGUGGUGUGUGUGGGCUUCUUGGCACUCAUGGUCAUCCUGGGCAUCCUGCGCAUCCACUCCCUGCACCGCCGGGGGGCUGGGCCCAAGGCCCCAGGGGCUGCCGGGGGAGGCCAUGCAGGAGCCAGCAGCAAGGAGAGCGACAUGUUCUGGGAUGACUCAGCCCUCACCAUUAUCGUCAACCCCAUGGAGUCAUACCAAAGCUGCCAGGAGAGGGCAGCAGAGAGUGGGGAGACCAGAGCUGUAGAGGAAGUGGAGGAGGAGAAUGAUGACAGCAGUGACUCAGAGACACCGGACACCCCAGGCAGCGAUGAUGGAGAUGACCAGCGCAUCAUGGGCAAAAGAGAUGGCCCCUGCUGCUACUAGGAGCCCUGUGCUGUGGGAGGAGGGAAGCGAGGGAUGCUAACGGAUAGAUUCCCCAGCCUGAGGGGGUCACUGCCCUCUUCCCCUUUCUCUCUCUCUCUCUCUCUCUCUCUCUCUCUCCUUGUGUAUACACAUACACACUCCCCCCCCCCCCUUUAAUUUCUCUUGCCUGUUUCCUCUUUCUCUGCUAUUUUCACUAGGGGAGUAGUGCCUAGGGGGAGGGCACUUUCUACUCUUAACCCCUCUCUUCUUCCCCAUAGCGCUCCAGGAACAUAGGAUGGGCCAUGGGCUCCUUGCCCAUAUUCCCUGACAUUAGGUCCCCCUCCUGAGGAUGGGAUAGCAUAGGGACCUCUCUGAAGGGAGUGGCGCGCUUAGGAGCAGCAGGGAAGAAGGAAACACUCAUCAGCAAGGGUUGGGCAAGCGGGGUCAGCUGCAGGCCCCCACAUAUUAUAUACAUAUUGUAUAUUUUUUCAAUGUUGUCAUUUGAGGUUUAUUCUUGUCUGAUGCAAAAAACAAACAAACAAAAACCCCUGCAGCUUGUGUUGCUUUGUAAAAUUGUCAAUAACCCUAAAUGAGUGAAGGAAGGAGGGAACGAGGUGGAUUUUAAAAUAAAAGGAUUUAAAAAAAACAGACUCAAGGCCUCUAGGAUUCUUCAUUCUGAGAGGCAGGGGCUGGAGUGGGUGCUUGAAGGGCAGCACUUAGUCCUCUGGACUG